GGCCAGCGCAUGGCCCCGGCUUCGCUCGGCCUGAACUCCGCGGGGCUCAAGACGUACAGCGAGGGGCGCGCGGGGGCCGGCCCGCUGCCCUUCAGCGUCCAGUCGCUGCUGGAGGCGGAGCGCGGGCUGGACUCGGAGCCCCCGGAGCUCCGGGAGGAGAGGCCACGGGGCGCCGCGGAGCCCUGGGCCUGGUUCUCGCCGGCUGCCCGCUCGUCCUCCCCACGCGCCCCCAGCCCUCCACCCUGCACCCUCCGAAAACACAAGACCAACCGCAAGCCGCGGACGCCCUUCACCACCACUCAGCUGCUGGCGCUGGAGCGCAAGUUCCGCCAGAAGCAGUACCUGUCCAUCGCAGAGCGCGCCGAGUUCUCCAGCAGCCUGAGCCUCACCGAGACGCAGGUCAAGAUCUGGUUCCAGAACCGCCGCGCCAAGGCCAAGAGGCUGAAGGAGUCUGAGCUGGAGAAGCUCAAGCUGGCGGCCAAGCCGCUGCUGCCUUCGUUUGCCUUGCCCUUCGUCCUGGGCGCGCCCCUGCCCGGCUCCCCGGCCGGGUACGCUGGUGCAGCGGGCCCCCUGCCUCAGGUACCAGGACUCCUCGCCGCGCCCGUCGCUGCCUACCACCUGUAUUACCUGUUCUAGGGCAAGCGGGGAGGGAGGGCGCGGGCCGGGAGCUGCCGGCUUCCCCAGCGGGGCCUGCGAGGUGGGUCCCCGCGCCAGGGGCGCCUGGCCGGCCGCGUAGUGUCCUCGCGCGGAACUGUUGCUCUGGGUAGCCUCCCGGCGCUUCCCGUUCUUUUUUGUUUUGUUUUUCAGUUUUUGAGUUUCUGCUGUUGUUAAUACAUGUUAUGAUUGAUGCCUCAAGUUUACUUGUGGGUAUCUUACAGAUAUUUUAAAACGAGUUUUUUAAAUCACGUUCCUACCAAACUUCUCUGCAGCGAACAGUGAACAGUUUCAUUCAGAGUCCUCGAAAGGGGCCAAUACAGAGCUUCCCAUUUUGUGCAAAGCAGCCAGUAAGGUGUUCUGAGGUUCACUCUGUGCCGGGUCUCCAGCCCCUUCCUCCCAUAAGCAGGACACUCAGAACUGGCUCCAUGAUUUGGGGUUUCAGCUAGAAACUGAGGCCCAAACAGGGAGGUGAAAAUAGUUUGCUGCCAGGACUGUUAAAUGAACUUACUCGUUACUUUCACUGACCAGGUUUGUUAAGUCCCGACCAAAUGGAAACGUCCACGCUUAUUUUAGGGAUUUUGCCUGCAUAUUACUGUUUUAGUGGAGAAGGCCCGGCAGCCUUCGGUGAAAUGCUGUCUGUGGGCGUGUGUGCGCGCGCGCGCGCGUGUGUGCGUGUGUGAAUGAGUGGAGGUGAGUGCCUGUGGCGGGUGUGGCCCUGUGGGGCGAGCGCCCGGGUCCUGUCGGUCAGGGACCAGCGGUUCAUCCUCCUGCUGCUGCUGCUUUGUCACACGCCCAGUUAACUCGGGAAUCGGGCACCGAGUAAGGAAGCGGACGGUGUCCCUUUCCGAGGGACUGCCCGGCGU